UUCCACAGCACUGGGAACCCUGCGUGCCACCCGCUGCCAACCCCAGUUCUUUGCAGGACUAACAGUUCCUUCCAUGUCUUUGUUCAGAGGCCAAGGGGGACCAUGUGUAGAAUGGGAGCCGAGGGAGGGCCCUCAUAGCCAGAGCUCGGGGCAUGGCAGAAGGCGAGGAAGGUGGUGAUGCCAGAGCCCCACCUGUCCGCCUCUGGGUGCGACGGAUAGGUGUCUAUUGCGAUGAAAACCGGAAAACAUGGCUCGUGGCACCCGAAGAGGAGGCAGGCACGCUGAAAGCCCGGAUCCGAAGAGUCCAGGUCCCCCUGGGUGAGGCAGUACGCCCCAGCCGCCUGCCUGCAUCCCAGCUGCCCCACAUGUGGCAGCUUUCCGAGGGGCAGCAGUACAGAGACAGCAACUUCCGGAUCUGGGGUAUCGAACACCAUUUGCUGAUCAUGGGAGUGGAGGAGCUGCUUCUGAGACUUCUGCCAAGCGAUUAAAUCUGGAGCUGUGACUCUAGGAUGCUGUCCCUGUUUGUUUUUAUGUGGCCACUCCCAGCAGUAACAUGCAACUGUCAGGAGUGUGGCAGGCAUCUCUUUUCAUAGCUCGCAGCAGCACCAUCCAAGAGCUUAGGACAAGCAGU